AUGUCUCUCAAAGGAAAACUUGCCAUUGUUACUGGCAGCGGAAAAGCAAACGGAAUAGGCUUCAGCAUCGCGAAUGAGCUUGCUCAACUUGGUGCGGAUAUUGUUCUUCACUACAAUACCAACAAAGAAGCAGCUCUGCAGAGUGUGAAAGCAAUCGAGUCGUUGAACGUGAAAGCCAUUGCUGUCCAGAGCAAUGCAUCCAGCUUGACAUUUGGCAAAGAUAUUAUUUCCACAGUCACUUCCGCAUUCCCUGGUCGAAAGAUCGACAUCAUUGUGAACAAUUCGGGAGCCGCUAUAUUCCAUCCUGAUACUGCAACCAUUGCUCCGGAAGACUUCGACACGCUUUUCCAGGCCAAUGUUCGCGGGUCCUUUCUGCUGGUACAAGCGGCUUUGCCGUAUCUAUCAGCUCCAGGAGGAAGGAUAAUCAAUAUUAGCAGUGUCGUGGCUCGCAGUGGUAGUCAAUUUGCGGCCCUGUAUGCCGGGUCAAAGGCUGCUCUCGGUGCGAUUGCUCUAGGAUGGGCAGAGGAGCUCGGUCCCGAAGGGAUCACGGUCAACACUAUUGCGCCAGGUCCUAUUGAUACUGAUCUGGCGCCACCGGAGGAUCACCCACUGGUGCAGAAGUUCCGUGUCGAGCAAAGUAUCAAGAGAAAUGGGACUGUCCAAGAAGUUGCACGUGUAGUAGCUUUCAUCGCCAGUCCGGCAAGCUCAUUUGUGACCGGCCAAAACAUAGCUGUCGAUGGAGGCCUGACCUAUGUAUAG